UCCUUUCUAAAUAAAAAGGAAAAACAUCUACACUACAUGCCCUUCAUUUCUGCAGGGUCCCGGAUUCGUUCUCUUUGAGGAUCCCGGGUCCACACAGAGAGGCCACGCCCUGACCCCAGAUUGGGAGCCGCCCUCCGGGGACCGCCGCUCCCUGCCCGCGCUCGGCCCCAGCCCGGGUUUCCGCCUCAGACUCGCAGCGAGCGGGGUCCUCCAGCACCGCCCAGAGGCUGGCCGAGGAAGAUGCCAGUUCCUAACGCGAGCCGGUAAUCACCGUCUGCAGCAACCCCACGAGCCCUGUUCCUCCUCCCGGGUCCCGGCCACACCAAGAGCUUCGGAACGCGGAGAACUCUGCGGGUCGUGCACGCCCAUACUGACGCGUCCCUUCCGCCGCCGGAAGCCGGCGCCGCGUCCGUCACCAGGCAUCCCUCUGUUGCCUUGACUACGGCGGGCGCUGUAAGAGUGAAGAAGCUGCAAGUGCUGAGGCGAGCUGAAAGAAACCCUUGGAGCCGAGAGCAUGAGGAGCUGGUGUCUGUGUCAGAUUUGUACCUGCGGGUCGGAUUAUCGUCCUUAUGAAAUAGUUAAACAGCCUCGCCAUGUGCCAGAAGAAUAUAAACCAAAACAAGAGAAGAUUGAUCUUGGUACUACCUACACACGGGAUUUUAAUUCAUACAAAGUGCAGCCUGUGGCAAUAGUCCGGCCUUUGGAGAGACAACAAGUUAAAAAAGGAAAGUUGGACACUGUCCCGACUUAUAAAGAUGAUUAUAGAGCUUGGGACCUUCAUAAAAGUGAACUUUAUAAGCCAGAACAAACUUAUCAACCCCCUACUGUGAAAUUUGGAAAUUCAACUACAUUUCAGGAUGACUUUGUUCCUCAGGAGAUAAAGCCUAGGCAAAGUAGGCAAAGCUUUAAACCCUCCUCUGUGGUCAAACUUUCUACAGCCCCUUUUAAUGGCAUUACAAGUCAUCGCCUUGAUUAUAUACCUCAUCAGCUUGAACUCAGGUUUGAAAGGCCAAAAGAAGUUUACAAACCAACUGAGCAACACUUUGAGGAUCUCACAACUCACCGGUAUGACUUUCAGGGUCUUAUUGGUGAAACUGCAAAAAUCUGCAGACCUGUACACACCAGAGUGACCCAGAAUGCUCGGUUUGAAGGAAGCACUGAAUUCCGUGAAUGUUUUCAACCAUGGGAAAUCCCACCACCUGAGGUCAAGAAAGUACCAGAGUAUGUGCCUCCUACAGGUAGCAUGCUAUUAAACAGCACAAGCCAUCUUGACUAUGUUCCGUAUCAGGCCAACCGUGUAGUUGCCAUCAGGCCAGUUUCUCAUAGAAGAAGUAACAAUUUUCCUUUCCAGGGAAAAAGCACCAUGAAGGAAGAUUUUCCAGCAUGGGAAAAUUGUCGUCAAGGAGUUAUUAAGAAGCAGCAGAUUCCCGACCCAUCUGGAAAAUUUGAUGGUUUGAGCACUUUCAGAUCUCACUAUGUGCCACACAAAUUGAUUCCAACAGAGAGUUACAAACCUUUAAAUAUUGCUUUUAAGAGUUCUGUUCCAUUUGAUGAUGUGACCAUGUACUCUAUAGAGUACACACCAAAAAUACAGGAAAUUUGCCCAGCAAGUUACCCCUCUCCUCCAGGUUAUAUUUUUGAAAAUACAAAUUCCCAAGGUCAUAAAUUCUUCCGCAAGAUUACUCCCGCAGUGAAGGCCUUCUAAUAACCAAAAUGUGCUUAAAAGGAAGCUACUAACAAGUAAUUGUUUUUCCAAGAGAAAACUCAACUUUUAUAGUGAAAAAAAUUUAUGAUAUAAGAAAUCUUUUUUUUUUU